AUGAGGCACACACUCGUCACAGACCUCCGCCCUUCUGAUCCUCGUCCACACCUGGACCCUGGGAUUAUGUUUGUGGAAACAAAUCACAAUGUGGAGCUGAAGCCAUUGGUGAUGUGCUCAGUGGAGUCUGCUGCUCGUCAAAACCCAGAUAAAACAAUCUAUUUCUUCAUGAAGGGGUUCAGUGGCAACUUGAGCCAAUAUCCAGAGCCUAAGUACAGACUCAUCCCGUUGCUCUCCUCAAUGAAGAAUGUUGUUCUUCUACCUUUAAACGCUACCGAACUGUUUGAUGAUACUUCAUUGAAAUUCUGGUAUCAAAAGGUAAACCCAAAAAAGGAGAAGUUUUGGACCCAUGUGUUUGCUGAUGGCUGCAGAUUAGCACUGCUGUGGAAAUAUGGGGGCAUCUACUUGGAUACUGAUAUUAUAUCAAUGAAGCCAAUGCCGUUUACUAACUUUACAUGCCCUGAGCAUGCUGGAGCUGUCAGUAAUGGGGCUAUAGGUUUCUCACAUAGGCAUCAUCCUGUUUUAUGGAAUUGCAUGGAAGAUUUUGUGGCCAAUUACAUUGGACAUAUUUGGGGUCAUCACGGCCCUAGACUGCUUACCCGUGUGCUGAAGAGAUGGUGUCAGACGAAUAAUCUAGCUCCCUUCAUUGGCAAAGAAUGCAACGGCAUCUCUUUAUGGAUCCGAGAUCGGUUCUACCCAAUCCCAUAUCCAGCUUGGAAGAAGUACUGUACUCCUUGGAAAAAGAAGGAUAUAGAACGGACCUUCUCAGCAACGUAUGGAGCACAUGUCUGGAAUUUUAUGAAUUCCAACAUUAAAAAGAAAAUAAUUGUUGGAAGUGGAUCAUUAAUUGAACAGAGGGAGGGGGAGAGAGAGGCAUCCAAACUGGAUCCCAAGGUCGGUUUGCUCAUUAACGGCAAAACAUUUUACCUUAAGGUCGAUAGCGGCACUCGGUGCAACGCAAUUUCGCUGGCUGUCUUCCAACAGCUGCAAAACACAGAAACUCUAACGGCCAAGUAA